UUUGUUUUUGAAGACUCACUCGGCGGGAAUUCUUCAACUGGGUCCUGAGUGAGGAAGCUUAGAUGAGAACGGAAGACUCAGCCGGUAGACGGUACAGCUUCUUUGAUGUUCGGGGAAGCCCAGCUGGACCUCAGUAGCCACGGCGAUGAGUUAGGAACGUUCGGGUCCAUGUUAAACCUGCUCUGUCCGGCCAGCUUCGUAGGGAAAAGCUCUUGAGAACCUGAAGAGGAGAUGGAGUCUGCGAAUACUUUGUGUCAAGGCGAAGCGAGCAAAGGAGGUGUUUUAGCUUACCUGCAAAGACUAGAAGCUCAAAUGAACAGAUCCCAUAGAAAAUCUGAAGAGCCAAUUGUUCCUGAAAAGGAAAGUUCUCUCAGAGCCAAGAUUCAGGAACUCCGUCAACAGCGAGAUAAGCUGAGGGCUGAGGUGAAGCAGUGGCGAGCCAGAGUUAAAGCAUCUUCUGCCAGCGAAGACCAAAACAGAACAGUGGAGAUCAGUGAGCAGGAAGUUCUGGAAAGGCAGUGGGAAAACGUGAAAGGCAUUCUGCAGGCAUAUCGUUUCACAGGUCUCAGCGGGAAGCUGACGAGCCGCGGAGUGUGUGUUUGCAUUGGCACGGCCUUCGAGGGGAACCUGCUGGAGUCCUACUUCCUGGACCUUGCCAUAGAGAAACCACUCCGGAUUCAUCACCAUUCCAUCCCAGCCUUCAUCCCUCUAGAAAAGAUAACCGCAGCAUACCUACAGACUGAUAUCCAGCGCUUCCUGUUCAGUCUCUGCGAGUAUCUAAAUGCCUACUCGGGGAGGAAGUACCAGGCAGAUCAACUUGAGAGUGACUUCCACGCCUUCCUCACGGAACCUCUGCAGAGAAACGCCCUGUGCAACCUGCUGUCGUUUACCUACACAGUGGAACAGAGAUGCCAGACCUUCUCCUUUAGUGCCAGGUUGCUGUAUGAGGACCUCACAGCAACUCUUCCCACGGAUGUCACUGUGACACGGCCAGGGCUGGAAGCAUCAUCCACCCAUUGGGAAGAGUGCAAAGCAUCCCAUGAAAUGCUCUUCCGUACCAAGCCCCUGCACCAGGUGUUUGCUUCAUUUUCCAAAGAAGUUGAAAAGCUGGAUUUAAGCCUGGUCUUCUGAAAAACUUUCUCUUUGGGACACAUCUGAAGUGAAUACAUUCAUGCCACCUGCGGUCCAGGACCCAACAACGAAAGCUGUGGAGAGCUAGCGCUUGCCUGGACACCACCGUGAGAACAGACACCCACUUCAUGGGAAUGAAAGGGACCUUGUUGAGUCCAUGUCUUUAGACACUGGGCAGUUUGGACAGUUCUGUGUGACUGCCUGAUCGCUUGGUACCAUGCUCCAGAUUGUCUCUUCCGCCUCUAAGUAACAGUGUUGAUUUGAUCGUAUGCAUAUACUCCUGCUGAAAAUCAGCUAACCUGGGGGUAAUGGAUGACAUUUUGUGAGCAUCUCCAGCUUUUGUGGGAGCCAUAACUAUGACAGGGUUAAGAAGGGGAAGUGUUUAGUCUUUGGUUUGGAGCAGCAUGUUCUAGGCCACUGUUUGGCGGAUGAAAGUAAUUUUUAUAAUGAGGGGUUUUGUGUACUUUGUUUCCUAAGGUAUUUUUUGGUGGCGAGCUGAGUGCAUGAAGUCACUUUGAGAAAGAAUUGCUGGAAAUCUGCACACAGAUUGGUGGACCCUUCCCUGUCAUGUCUCCAGGCAUGGCUGUGGCUGUCUUCCCCAUUUCCUGGACACUUUUAACAGACCUUCCCCUCUAACCACGGGCCUGUGCAGUGCAGCUUGCACUUAGCUUAGACCUGUCUGCUGCUCAAGUUCCCCUGUUACAAUUCCCAUCCUUCCUCUCCUAGUCCCAAGUAACACCUUUAUUCCACAGGCCCGGCAUUUGGAGUAAAGGUUCAUGUGGGGGAGGAGAGGUCUGUGGCAGCAAAGCCCUGGUCGCAGUAACAGAAUUGCCACAACAGUCCCAUCAAGUUGAGUAAAGCUUUUAAUAAACAGUCCUGUUCUUUAUCAACACCUGCAAUUCUCUGUUGAAGCAGUAGCAAAGGCGACUGUAGCAAGAGCUCAGAAGACAAGGCAAU